AACACCCUGUACUGGAAUAAAGAAAGGAAGAAAAGCCUGAAACAUCAGCCCUUAACCAGCAUCUGCAAAGUCUCCCCUGCCUCCUUCCCCAUGGCUUGACCUCCAUGCUGUGCUGUGCUGAAGAUCUUUCCCUGGAGGGCUGUUUCUCUGACCUUAGCACAUGGAUUUCAAGACUUCAAAUGAAGAGACAAAGACUGGGAUUCAUUUGCUUCAAGAUGGUAGCGAGGAGCCUUUCAAUAUCCGUCUGCACCUGGCCAAAGAUAUUCUCACCAUUCAAGAGCAAGACGUCAUCUGUGUGUCUGGAGAACCGUUCUACUCGAGUGAAAGAACAGUAACGAUCCGUCGGCAGACAAUCGGAGGGUUUGGGUUGAGCAUCAAGGGUGGUGCCGAACACAAGAUCCCUGUUGUUAUAUCUAAAAUAUCAAAAGAACAGAAGGCUGAACUUUCUGGACUUCUGUUUAUUGGAGAUGGAAUUCUCCAGAUUAACGGCAUUAACGUGAUGAGUUAUCGUCAUGAAGAAGUGGUGCAGGUUCUGCGAAACGCAGGUGAGGAAGUGACUCUGACCGUGUCUUUCCUGAAGAGGACGCCUGCAUUUCUGAAGCUGCCGCUGUGUGAGGACUGCUCAUGUAUACCAAGUGACCAGAGCAGUGGAACAUCGUCUCCACUGUGUGACAGCGGCCUACAUCUGAACUACCAUCCCAACAACACGGACACAUUGUCUUGCUCGUCUUGGCCGAUGUCUCCGGGGUUGCGCUGGGAGAAGAGAUGGGUGGAUCUUCGUCUCAUCCCCCUCUUGCAUGCGCGUCUGUCCCAGUACGUCCCAGGUACUGACAUUUGCAGGCAAAAUGCCUUUCAAGUCAUUGCUGUGGAUGGGGUGUGCAGCGGGGUAAUUCAGUGCCCCAGUACUGAUGAAUGCACCGACUGGCUGCAAGCAAUAGCUUCAAACAUUUCUGCCCUCACCAAGCACAACGUGAAGAAGAUCAACAGAAACUUUCCAGUAAACCAGCAGAUUAUAUUUAUGGGCUGGGUGGAUGAGAAGGAACAAGAUUCUGUUCAGGACCGAAUGUACACACCAAAGUUUCUUGCCUUGAGGGGUUCGUCUCUCUUCAAAUUCUCCGCACCUCCAGUCACCACCUGGGACUGGACCAGAGCCGAGAAGAGCUUCACCGUCUACGAGAUCAUGUUCAAGAUACUGAAGGAUAAUGAGCUGGUGGACAAGCGGAAGCACUGCUUCAGCGUUCAGACGGACUCGGGCGAGGACAUCUUCUUCAGCGUGGAGCUGGAAUGUGAGCUGCUUCUGUGGGAGAAAGCCUUUCAGAUGGCCACCUUCUUCGAAGUGGAGCGAAUACAGUGUAAAACAUACGCUUGCAUCAUGGACAGUCAUCUCAUGGGACUCACCAUCGAUUUCAGCAUGGGCUUCGUCUGCUUCGAUGCCGCCACAAAGGCAGUGCUGUGGAGAUAUAAAUUCUCUCAGCUGAAAGGAUCCUCAGAUGACGGCAAGAGCAAAAUCAAGUUCCUGUUCCAGAAUCAAGACACAAAACUUAUUGAAGCAAAGGAGCUGGAGUUCUCCAACCUCUUCGCGGUUCUCCACUGCAUCCACGCUUUCUUCGCCGCCAAAGUGGCUUGUCUGGAUCCCAUGUUCGUGAGCAGCCGAAAAGCCGCCAUGGCCCCCGUGGUGUCGGCCACUUCCACCUUAACCGCCCCGUCACAGACAUCCAAGCUCAAAUACACCAGCUGACAGACUCCAGCGACCUAUCUUCUCCUUACAGACUUUGAAAACGUAGGAUGAGAGGAACCAGCCCUGACGAACGAGUGGACAUCCACUUUGAAACAAACAAUUCGUACGUAACAUUGAAAACCUCGCUAUAUCCUCCAGACGGGAAUCAGACUCAAACGUAAGCCAUUAUACGAAGAGCUGGAUGAAUUUCAAACAUUUUCACAUUAAAGGUGCUGUAUGUAAGUUUUUGACUCUACU